AUGUAUCAUUCUCUAGGAGGUGCUAUUCUUACAACCUGUCACCAACUUCUUCGACCAACUGUGACCUGUACUCAGGCAACUGAAGAACAGACAGACUCCCAAUUUGUAAAACAUAUAAAGUAUCCCAGCCCGGCUCCAAUUUUUAAAAGUAAAUUGACUCCUCCCCCUGACAUUGAUCAGGCAUUUUACCACGUCAGCAAAUAUCCUUAUUCCCCUGUUGAUCCUCCCUUCGAAUACAAAGAAUUCAGCAGAUAUGAUCAUAUCUCCCCCGAUGUCUUAUGUUUCCAGCCAUACGCUAAGAAUCCCAGCGCUUUAAACCAUUCUCUAACUCUCGGACUGCUCAUCGAAUCCAGCGAUAUUGAUGGCGUUACUAUUCCGAUUCCAAAUAUCAGAAUAAGUUUAACUGAAAAUAACUCCAUGUUUUUACAAGGCUCAAUCCCUAUCUUACAUGUCCUAAAAUACAUUCCUUCAACACAGGACGCAAACAUAUUUAGGCUAUGCACUAUAACAGUACACUCUGACGAAUCACAACCUUGUGGGUUUGCUCUCCGUGACUGCUCAACAGUUAUGGUUCCCCGAUUCGACUACCAGCCGUUUUCAAUUGUUGAAGAUAGGGGUUUUAAAAAAUUUGUGACUGCCCUUAAUCCCAGCUACGUCCUGCCAAACAGAAAAACUAUUUCCAGCUGCAUGAUACCAGCAGAAUAUGAAAGAUGUUUGAAUGCUGUUAGACACGAAGUGUUAUCAAUAACAAAUGCAACUUUAACUACAGAUAAUUGGACUUCUACGAACGUAGAUAAUUAUUUGGCUCUAACUUCUCAUCAUAUAUCAGACGAUUUUGAGUUGAGAUCUAUUUUACUGGAAUGUUCGGUAAUGAACUCUUCCCAUACGAGUCAAAACUUAGCUUUAGAAAUAAAUAAAAUAAUAAAUAAAUUUCACCUAAAUGACAAAAUUCUAAUAAUUGUGUCUGAUAAUGCAAAUAAUAUUAUAGGAGCAAUAACUAACGAGCUAAAAAUGAAACAUUUUGGUUGUUUUGCUCAUACGCUUAAUUUGAUUUUGCAAGAUGCAUUAAAACUUAUUCAAAAUUUAACAGAUCGUAUUAAAAGUAUUAUUACCUUUUUCAAAAGGAGCACAACUUCAACUGCUAAGUUAAGAGAUGUUCAAACCAACAUGGGACUGAACCCCAAAAAAUUAAUUCAGGAGGUACCAACAAGAUGGAACUCAACGUACUUCAUGAAUCAGAGAAUUUUUGAGUUGAAGGAUGCUGUUAAAACAACAAUUGCCUUAAUAAACAAAAAUAUUCCAGUACUCAGUGAAGACGAGUGGAAGAUUUGCUCUGAACUGGUCAUGAUUCUAGAACCAUUCGAAGAAGUCACCAGAAAUAUGAGUGGAGAAAAUUUUCUUACUGCUAGCCAGGUAAUUGGAUUCACCAAUGGUUUAACAUCUGUUUGCAACAGUAUGAAAAAUGAAGAUUUAAGCACCAUUUCAAAUUCUGUAAUUAAUCAACUACUCAAAGGAUUAAAAACAAGGUUAAUUAAUAUUGAGAAUAACAAAACUAUAGCAUUGGCGACUUUAUUGGAUCCUCGUUUUAAACUAGCAGUAUUUACCGAUGAAAUGGCAGCUGAAAGUAUAAAAAGUUAUUGUACUGAACUGAUGGCGGACAUAUGGCGUAAGAAGUAUCAGAUAGCCGCAAGUACUUUGGUCACAGAAACUGAAGAACAACGUGAGAGUCAGCAGGAGGAAAAGCACCCAAAAUUUUCUAUUUGGACCAAUCUAGACAAGAUGAUAACAUCUAAGAAGAAACCUUCAGGUUCUAAAACUUCCGCUGCUAUAGUAGAACUAAAUCGGUACUUAGAUGAAGAAUGCAUUAAUCGAAAAGAAAAUCCCCUGCUAUGGUGGAAACAAAAUCAGUUUUGUUAUCCUUUGUUGGCGCAAAUUGUAAAAAAACAUUUUUGUGUAGUAGCCACAUCGGUACCUUGUGAAAGACUCUUUUCAAAGGCAGGAAAUAUGAUAACACAACGUCGUACGAGACUUUCAACCAAACGAGCUGAACAACUUUUAUUUUUAAAUUCCAACCGUUAUUUAAUAGAAUAA